CAAGUUCCAAUGUUUCACGACCGACCGCCCACGUCAUCGCAUACCACGAUCUUGCCAUUCUCGCAAUUGACCGCACGCAAUAUGGAGUGGCACCAGCAGUGAUAUGGUACGCAAAGAACGACCUGAGAGAAGGCCCGAAUACAGCGCCGAAGAGCAAAGGCGCACCCUUUGCGGAAAGAGAUGGCCGCAGAGACACAACGUACACAAUUGCCGCCGACUACCUCCAACCCUUCGACGAAUGCUAGUAGCGGAAGCGGCGGCGGAAGUAAGGCGCCGACCAAGCAGCUUAAGCGAGCAUGUGAUUGUUGCAGAAAGAGAAAGGUUCGAUGUGAUGGGCAGGAUCCGUGUACACCAUGCAGAAAAGCCAGCAUACGAUGCGCGUACCUGCAACCGCCGAAGAAGAAGGGCCCGAAAGUCCAACAAGUCCACAUAGUCCCAGUGCACCGUUUGGUAAUUGGGAAUGGGGUCAGAAUGGCUCAGUACCACCGGGUGCUUCAUACUCCGGCCAGAUGAAUGCGCAGACGUCGGAUCCCGCGUACGGACAACAAACGAGCGUAGCACCCGAUCAGCAGCCUUACUAUCAACCUAUGCCGCCACCUCAGCACCAAUAUCCUCUUCCACCAUACCGACCACAACCGUCGCAUGCACCGCAACGUAGUUGGACUCAAUCGACCCAAGCUGAGUCAGUCCCGGGGAGCGAUGAUGUUCCACGAGUCAUGUCGCCAUCAUCUACAGAGUAUGGCCACCGGAUGCUGUCUCCCGAGACAUUUCUACCCUACGUGCAGCUGUUCUUCAACCACAUGUUUGCCAUCAUGCCAGUCAUCGAUCGUACCCAAUUCAUGGACCCGAGCCUUUACACUAGUCAACGCGCCAUGAGUCCGGAACUGUAUGCCUUUCUGUGUGCACUAUGCGCCGCGACCCUUGUGCAACUCGAUGACUCUAUUCCCACGCCGCCACGACUUCAUCCCGCAAGACCGACCGAUUCGGUAUUCGUUGAGGAAUGCUUGCGGGAGCGAAAGACUUAUGACUAUGUUGGGCAUGUUACGACAACGAAUCUCAUGACUUCCUUUUUCCUCUUUGCAUACUACGGAAAUCACGAGCAUCACGACCGCGCUUGGUUCUAUUUGCAGGAGAGCAUCACGAUCAGCGAGAACUUGAACAUGGAUGACGAGGAGUCUUAUGAGAAGCUCGAUCCCACAGAAGCGCAGUGGCGAAGACGAUUAUAUUGGCUGCUAUUCAUCACAGAGCGAGCAUAUGCUGUCCAACGGCGAAAGCAUACGCGAUUGCAUGCUAUGACCGUUGCAUUGCCUGCUGUUUUCGAAAGCGAAGAUCCGCAGCUGCUGACAGGUUUCGUCAAUCUCGCAAACCUGUUCAGUGCAGUGGACGACUCUUUCGUGAGCGCAUGGCGUGGCUCUAGACGAGCUAGCUUGUGCGAUGAAGCGUGGUUGGUGAAGACGCAGAAGCAGCUUGAUGCCACAGCCAAUGCGGCUGGGCUUGGAGAAUUGACAGAAACGCAACGCCUCGACAUUAGCGUAACGAGAGAAUGGCUGCACGUCUUAGCUUGGCAGAUGGGAGUGAGCAACGGCUUGAUCUGGGGCCAAGGAGAAGGAGGGAUGAGGCUAGAUUACCCAGUCGAGCUGGCCCGGAAGGUAGUUGAAAUCACAUCCGGCGCAAGUGCUUUGGCACUUGAUAGCCACGGAAUUGGAAUGGAACAGAAGCUUUCCGACAUUGCUGGAUGUCUUGCCGAUGUUCUGAAAUGUACUGCUGGCGAUGCAUCCUCGACAUUCCUGGAAGGCAAGCAGUACCUCAAUAUCCUGCUCCAACGUCUUUCCAGCAUGCGUGGGAAAGAGUCGCGUUACCUGCGUCCUCUGAUGGCCAAGAUGGAUGGCUUGAUGGGCUUCGAAUUAAGCAAUGCGACACUUCCACCACCACAGGAAAUUCAACAGGCCUUGGACGCGAAGCAACACGCCUUUUCUCAGAGCUUACAAGCCCCAACAGCACAAGGCGAAUUUGCAACGUCAUCCGGUCAGUGGUCGAUGAGAGACUCCGUGUCGAUGCUUCGGACUUUGUCCAUGUGCGGCAACCUGGGCAUGCCAAGUCUUUCAGUACCCACUGAUGAUUGGGGUCAAAGGCGCCCCAGCGGACGAGUGAUACCUGUUGAAGAAGAAGAACUCGAUCUGCUUCAGCCUUGGCUACAGCAGACCGCCGUCCAGAGCAUGUAGGCGGGCGUGACGAAGAACAUGAGAUGACGAAGUGACUGGAUGAGAUACGGCUGCAUUCGAGGGAGCGCAUAGUUGUUUCUGGGCAAGGCGAUGGCUUCAGUGAGCGUUACGUACAGACCAUAUCAUACCCAUCAAUCCUUUUUCAAGC